AUGGACAAGAUGCGAGCAACGCUCAUCCUCUUCGUGAUUCUAUCAUUCUUUGUGGGUUUCGUCAACUGUCAAAGCUACCGAUGUAUCGCCUGCAUGGACGAAGAGUUUUUUUCGGUUCCCUAUUUCGAAAAUAAGACACUCGGGCAAAAGAUGGCUUGGAAACGGGCGAAAGCUCUCCCACCAUGCAACGAUUCCAGUGUGGUGUCAUUGGUCGAAUGCAAGGAUUCGUGCAUCAUGGUGAAGAAGUACAAGCAAGACAUGACUGGAUGGAUAGCCAUCGGCAGAUAUUUUGAUUGCGAGACCGCCGAACUUGCCGAGUUUUUCGUGCGCAAACCCAAACUCUAUUAUAAGCAAUUGUUUGUCGUCGAAUUUUUCUCAACAGGCACCCAUAUCAGUCAGCUCACGAAUAAUGUCCUCGACGACUUCUACAACGAGCAACUGAUUCGGUUUGCCGUCUUCCUCGUCGUUGCUGUUGCCAUCGUUGCACAUUUCGCCAUCAUUCGUGCCGGAGAGAUUUUUUAUAUGAUCGCGCUCAAUCCGAAUGGAUUCGUUGCCAACUACACGCGUUUCUUCAAGUCUCAAAUUGGAUUGCUGCGCAGAUUUGUUGAAUGUCUGAAAUCGUUCAUUCCAUAUAGUCUCAACGAACACAGAAUGCGCUUCUUUCAACUUCUCCUUCCAAUCGUCAUCCUCACUUCAUCAGUGCUUGGUUACACUCAAAAUUACGAAUAUAAUGGCCAUAAGAAGGUUUUGUGUCCGCUUUGCGCCGAUCCAAUAAUAUACAAGAUGACCGAUCACCUCCCCUAUUACGAUAUUCCGGAAAACCUUCCGCCCUGUACUUCUCAUCAUUUAGCCUUGGAACCGGCCUCCAACGUAAGGGAAUGCUUUUAUUCCUGCAUGGAGAUUAAAAUGACCAGCCUUCGAGAUUGCAAACAAGUUCUUGGUCGCAGCAUUGGUUGCAGCGUUUUCUCGGCAUUCUGGCAUAUCGAAUACGACGAGAAAUCGUUUCCCAAGAAGAGUCUGACUUACUAUAACACUACUCAUGACCUCACCGUUGGAUCAUUUCUAUUCAAUGUGACACAUAUUCCUCGAAGCGUGUAUCUGGAUUACAUCAAGGAUAGCACUGUAACAGUCAAGCAGGAAAAUGGCUUCUUCAUCUCGCCAACAAUUAUUCGUCAUGGUCUUUUUGUCAUUGCUAUCCUCGUUGUCUUCCGAAUGUUUGAGCUUCAUAGAAAACCAAAACACACCUCCUAA